AUGUCAACGGACCCAGAUGAGAAUGGCAUAUUGGGGAGCCUGGACAAUGGGGCAGAAUUUCACCUGGUGAAGCCACUUACAUAUGACGAUGUAAGAAUCCUUUGGCAAUUUUCUGUCCUGAGGAAAAUAGAGCUCAAUAGGUUGCCUUCCUCUUCUUCCUCUUCUGAAAAUGGAAUGAGCAGCUCUGCCGCUGAAUCUCUCGAUAUUUUCAAUAGCAUCAGUCUUGAAUCUGAUGAUGACGAGGAGUCUGAUGCUAAUCAAAGUGGCUCCAAAAGGAAACAGCCUGAAAACUCCUCCAGCAGAAACUCAGAUGAUAACUCUGAUUCAUCCAUUGUCAAGAAGAACAGGAUUGUCUGGACUGAUGAGCUGCACAACAAAUUCGUGCACGCCGUUGAUUUUCUUGGUGCAGAAGAAGCUUUUUCGAAGAAUAUUCUUCAGCACAUGAACGCACCUGGGUUGAGAAAGGAAGACAUUUCAAGCCAUUUACAGUUUUCUUCAAAUCCGAUCAACAUGGGUGGAGGAGGCAUUUAUCAAUUUCCCGGCUCGCAGAAAGGGAUUGCG